GCGUGCCCACUCACUAUAGCAACCGCGAUCGGGGCGGAGUUGGUUGCCUUGGCGCGCGCGCUCUGCAAAAAAUAAAUAAAUAUAAAGCGUCUCGGCGGCAACAGCAGCAGGAGGUAGAUACUAUGCCAAAAUACAUAAGCCUUGACCAACAAUAUUCUCUAGCAUGUGAAGAACUAAAACACCCUGAAAACCCCUUCAUAGUCCGCAUUCUCCAAGAAGUAAAGCAGGACGAAGAAACGUUGAAAAAGAAAAUCACUAUAAAAAUUGCUGGAAAUAACCGCUUGAUACCUGUGCAGAAGGUGACAGAUGACGAUUUUCAAAUCCUGGCUACGAUUUUUACAAAUAAUAUGUUUCUUACAGGACUUGACCUGAGAUACAACCUUUUGAGUGACGCUGGCGCAGUACACAUUGCAGCUUUCCUUCAGGAUAAUCAUACUCUGCUGUACCUGAACCUGAUGUUUAAUGACAUUGGUACCAUGGGAGCAGAAUUCAUAGCUAAAUCAUUGCAUAGGAAUGAAACACUGCUUCACCUAAGAAUGACUGGCAACAAGAUUGACAACAAGGGAGGAAUGUAUUUUGCAGCAAUGUUGCAAGUUAACAACACUUUACAGAAGUUAGAUUUGGGAGACACAGAUCUGCGCACACAGAGUCUCAUAGCAUUAGCAACAGUUUUGAAUUACAAUAGUGCAAUCAAAGCCAUAAAUCUAAAUCGGCCAAUACUCUACAGCGAAGAGGAAGAGACCACGGUCCACACGGCCCUCAUGUUGAAAGUCAACUGCACUCUUGUUGAACUGCAUUUGUGUAAACACGAAAUGAAGAACUUUGGCAUGGAACGCCUGUGUGAUGCAUUGUAUGAAAACAGCACCCUGCGAUAUCUUGAUCUCAGCUGCAACAAAAUUACUCGGGAUGGUAUUAAAUUUUUGGGAAAGCUGUUAAAACACAACGCCACCCUGGAAAUCCUGGACCUUAAUUUUAACAGGAUAGAGGACGAUGGUGCUUUCUAUCUGAGUGAGGCCCUUACUACACAUAAUCGGACUCUUCAAGCGCUGGCAGUGACAAACAACAACAUAUCUGGGAAAGGACUGGUGGCCUUUGCAGAGUCAAUGAAAACAAACCUAGUUCUUUCCUAUAUCUACAUAUGGGGGAACAAAUUUGAUGAAGACUGCUGUGUGGCAUUUGCAGAGUUAAUUAAAAGCGGUCGCCUGAAACCAACUGGCACAGAUGUCGAUCCGUAUGAAGUGGAUGGGAACACGUACUUUGCCGAAGUCUCCCAUGGCCUUAAGAGGCACUAUUACUGGACACCGAGUUACGGACAGCCUGAUAACCACGAUGAGAAUGCCUCUCUGGCAAUAACUCCUGUUGCAGAAAACUUGUAAAUGCCUACAUAUUUUUUCUAAAGCCUUGGCAUCUUGGAGUUGUUGUUUUUAAAUAGUGUGUGCCUCAAACCUGCAACCAAUUACAUGUAGAGAACUGAUUUUAAAAGGUUUUGAACCAUAAAUACUCUAUUAAACUGAACUGGGAAAGUGCUGGAUCCCUGACUAGCGACAGCUAAUUUCAGGUCCCGUUGAAAGGUAAACUACCGGUGACUCCCUUGUUCCAGAGCUUUCAGUGAGUUCCAUAGGUUCUUAACUGCAUGGGGACCGUCAUGAGCAACACUUACUGUGAUAAUACAAAGCAGCCUGUUGAAGUGAUUUCAUACAGUUCAAACACUUAGAGGCUACUAAGGAAUGUUCAAUAGCUUGAAAGUAAGGCUCCUAUGCUAGGCAUGGUUCUUUGGAAAUAAAGCACCAUAUAAAUCAACAUGAUGCCAAUGUAAGUGUUUUUAGGAUGUUUAUUAUUUAUAUUAACAUUUGUCUACGCAAAUGAAUUCAUUGAAGCCGACUGUGGGGUGGGGGAGCAUGGGCAAGAAGGAAGUUGUGACAGUGCAGCAGUGCAAGGCUUAUGGCUCAUGACUUAGACUGAGACACAACAUUAUUUUCAAAGAAUAUAGGUUUUCCAGCUAUUAUGAAUGACAAAUUUUGUUUAAAAAAUAAGCUACAUUGGGGGCGGGGCAGGGUAAUCUAAAUGAUGUUCAAUAAAGUUUGUUCUGAUCUGUUAA